AUGACGGAUCGUGUCUAUGAUGCAAUCCUCGCGAUGAUCCUCCGGCUUGAGAUCAAGCCACGCGAAAAAUUAUCCGAAGUACAGCUGUCGAAGGAACUUGGUGUUAGCAGAACGCCCGUCCGUGAAGCAUUUCUUCGCCUGGAAAGCCUGGGGUUUCUCGACAUCGUGCCACAGCGUGGAACAAUCGUGGCGCCGAUGCGGGAUGCGGAGUUUCGCAAGUCGCAAUUCAUGCGGGAAGCGUUCGAACUGGCGCUGGUACGCAGGGCCAUCGAGCUUGAGGACAAUAGCGAACUUUGCAUGGCGCUUGACCGCGAGCUAAAGCUGCAAACAGUCCACUCGGAGCUUGCUGACGAAAACUCGUUUUUCGAAUCCGAUGAAGCCUUUCACGAGGCCAUUGCUGUUCAUUGCGGGGUAGCGGAAAUCUGGCCUGAAGUGCAACGUGUCAAGAUGCACAUGGACAGGUUCAGAUACGCGAUCAGGUCACAGCGCGAAACAUCAACGAUCCUGGAGCAGCAUCGAAGAAUUGCAGAAGCAAUUUGCAAUCGCAACGAAGCCGAGGCACUGGCGGCCAUGACAUUACAUUUGCGCCGUGCCAAUCACCUGAUUGCCGAUGCAGCGAAAGAACACCCGGAAUAUUUCGAACUGUGA